AAUGGGUAUAUUUAGAUUUCCAGGGGGUGUGGUACUGAGAGUUAUUGCAGCUUCCUUCUUACUUAGCCUAUUAAAGACACAGAUUGUGGGUUUUGUUUUGUGGUGUAGCUUUCAAAUGUAAUGUGAGAGAUAGCUACAUUUGUUUUCUUGUUUGUUUGAGCAGUAAUUUAGCUUCUCUCUUUUCCUAUUUAAGAAUUAUCCUAUACUUGUGUUAAUAUCCCCUGCUUCUUUAUUAAUAUUCUCACCAUCUUCCCUUGUUCUUUUCAGUCUAGUAAUAUCAUAUGGAGUCUUCCAAAGUCUUUGGAGGUGCAGAAGAAUGUCACAGCAGUGAAUCAGGGUGGACGAUGUACAUUGGCUCCUGCACAGAUGGUGAAAAUGAAGAUGGCACUGGCAUGACCCAUGAAAACAGUAAAGAUGAUGGAGAAAAUGAUGGUCAUAAGGAUGACCACAGUGAUGAUUCUAUGGUUUCUGAUGCUUCCUCUGGCCCAAGCCAUCACCACCAUGGAGGAGAGAGAUCCAGAGGUCAUGGCUUGGCUGUUGACAAAAAGGCCAAGAAGAAACCAAAGGAGAAGCAGCAACCUAGAGCUGGAAGGAGAAAGGAAGAGAAGAAAGACAAGGCUUUAUUGACUCAUGCCAAGAAACGCUAAGGCUUACUUGACUAGCUUCAGGCAGGUUGAUCAGAAGAAUGGCUUUGGAAACAGCAGAUUAAAUUAUAUAGAUGUUUUGAUGUUCUUCAUCUUCUAAGUAUUAUUAUUUUGUAGGUAGAGGUAGGUAGCAUCGGGUUUAGCUGAAUUGUAUCUCUUUUAAUGUAAAGGAUAAUAUAUAUAUAUAUAUAUAUAAUAUAUUCAAGAAAUUAAUAUAAUUGUUGAGUAA